CACACUAGAGAAAUUUAUUUGUUCAACAAGCUUCAGCCAUUUUACAAAACCUAAGGCCACUUUUGGAAGGAAAUCAAAAUGGAGAAAAUAAAUUGGGGCUACAAAUGAGCAAGUCGGAUCAAGAAGCAAAUGGAGCUAGGUUAAAUGAGGAGGAAGAAGACUCAGGGGAAGAUUUGCCUCCAGAACACAAACCUCUAGACAAAGCUAUGGUUGAGGCAAUUGUAGCAGAAGAUGAUGGGGGAGGAAGUGUGUUGGCCGAAAUGUUGAGUGGCAGUCGGAGUUCUUAUGACGAGAUUCAGGAAGAUCCAAACACCCAGACGACUGAGACUGAGUCAGACUCGCUCACCCAGACAAAUACUGAGACCGAGUCCUUUGAGAAUGAGGCUCACGAGGGGAAGAAAGGUUACCUGGAUGUUCAUUAUUGUGUGCCCCACAUAGCUGUCUCACUAUUGAUGAAUAGCAUGGAUGUCGUCUUGUUGUAUAUCUAUUGUUUUAUGACCUUAAUCUCUCACAUUUAUUCAAGGUUUAGUUAUUGAUAUGUUCAUUUGAUAUAAGCUCAUUUGCUCCAUAUCUUUGAGUUUUCAUUAUUACUGUGCAUCGUUUUCUUUUUCAUUUUGAAAUUAUGUAAAAGUUAUCUCUCUU